AGUCAGAUCUGUCAAAAAUCAGAUGUCUCAAAACACAUCAAUGUUUUUAGCAAAUUUUAAAUAAAACAUCAAUUGAAUUUCAUUAUCGAAAGUAUUUAUCAUGUCUAAUUUUACUACCGACGCUCAAUUGUGUAUAGAGCGAGAGUUAGAGCUCCCAAACAUCAAUCAUAAUUUUACACACAUAAAUGGACAAUUCCACAUUGGUGAUACUUGCAAAUGGAUUAAUGAGCAUAAUUACACUAAGGUGUGCUUACAAUUUCCCGAUGAAUUACUUGGAUUAAGCGCUAGCAUUUGUAAGGAAUUGAAAAAAGAAACAAAUGCUGACCUGUACAUAUUGGGUGAUACGUCAUAUGCAAGUUGUUGCAUAGAUGCUGUUGCUGCAAUGCAUGUACAAAGUGAUGCCAUAAUACACUAUGGGCACACAUGCUUCAGUAAAACCAACAUUCCAGUGUAUUUAGUGCUGAAUGAGGUCCCAUUGGAUGCUGCCAAAACAUUAAAUACUCUGAAAGAUAUCAGCUUAGACACACAAACUGAACUGUGCCUUUUCUAUGAUUGUAGUUAUGAACAUUUAAAAGAUAACCUUGCUGAACAUUGGUUCCAUCUCUACCCAAAGGGAUACAUAGCUUAUAUAGAUUUAAAAACAAUAUCAAAGUAUACUUUUUUUGGAAGAGUUGUUAGAAACAAGGACAAUAUAGAAUUUUCUAGUGAUAUUCUAAAGGAUUCUAGUUGCAUCUAUAUUGGUUCCCGAGGACAGACAUUCUUUAAUAUCUCUGUAUCAAUACCAGCUCAAAAGUGGUAUAUACUGGACCCAACAACAAAUCAAAUUGACAUUGCAAAUGAGACAGCCUGGUUCAAGAGACGGAGGCAUUUGAUUGAGAAAUGCAAAGAUGCCAAUGUGGUUGGCAUCCUGAUAUGCAAACUAGCUGGAGAUGAGACUAAAGAUAUAAUUUCUAGAAUGAAACAGCUGUGUAAAGCAAAUGGAAAGAAAAGCUACAUUGUGUCUGUUGGAAAACCAAAUGUAGCAAAACUGGCUAACUUUCCAGAGAUUGACAUUUAUGUUAUGAUUGCAUGUCCAGAAAACAAUCUUUACAACUCUCGCGACUUCUACAAACCUAUUGUCUAUCCAUAUGAGUUGGAAGUAGCACUCAAUACAAAUAGAGACCCAUAUUUCACAACCCAUGUAACAGAUUAUGACCUAUUACUUCCGGGAAGAAAACAUUACUGUGACAUAAAUGAAGUGGUUGAAGGUACAGAUGUAAGUCUUAUCACUGGAAAAAUAAGGGAAAACAAACUCACAACUGCCACUGGCAGUAAUGAAUUGGCGGAAAAACAGAAUUGGGAACUCGAAAGCAUUGGACAAAAUCUGCAGAAUAGAUCUUGGAAGGGCCUUGAACAAAAAUUGGGUAAAACUGAAGUGAAAACAGUUGAACAGGGCCGUAAAGGAAUUCCUCUACAAUACAAUAAUGAACCAGAGUGAUUUCAAAAACAUUUAUUUUUAUUUACAAUGUUGUACAAAGAAAUGUUUUACAAUAAAUUAUAUCUUUUCUAUUUUUUA